GAAAUACCCCUUGAGAGAGAAAUACCUUGACCAUUACCCUUUAUCAACAAAAACCUAGAAUCCAUGGAGGAGGAGACGCCGUCUCCUUCCUCACCUCAAGAUGAAUGCAUGCAGGAUUUGAAUUCCAAUCAUAUGGACAAUACGAAUAAACAGCAGGAGAUCCACAUGCUUCCUAUGCAAUCGUUAUCAACCAAGGGUAAAAGUACAGAUAUCAAAACGAAUCUUCCCCCUAUUAGGAAGCAGUGGAUGCCACCUUUGGAAGGAUAUAUGAAACUAAAUAUUGAUGGUGCUUGGAAAUCAGGAAAUGUAGCAGGAGGAGGAGGUGUAUUCAGAAGGCACACUGGCUCCUGGUUUGUUGGGUUCUCUACUAAAUUUAGGGUUCAUUCUCCUUUGGCUUCUGAACUCUAUGCUUUGAGAGAGGGCCUAAAAAUUGCAAAGAACUUCUUAAUUGAUAAGUUAGAAGUUGAAACAGAUGCUUUGAAUCUUAAGCUCCUUCUUGAUAAGGUGAAAGAUCAUACUCAUCAUGAAUUGGGUCCGGUUCUUCGAGAGGUUACUCAGCUUUUGGGAGAAAACUGGAUCAUUAGUUUCUCUCAUAUUCCAAAGACCUAUAAUAGAGUUGCUCAUGCUUUGGCAGCUCACUCUUUGAUUAUGGUGGUGCAACAUAAGCUUCAUUACAUCAUUCCAUCCUGUGCAAAAGAGGAAUAUGAAGGGGAUUUUGAAAAAGCAAAUCCAGCAUAUGCAGAGGAGAUGAGAAGAAAUGCCCGGGAUCAAGUUCGGGCAAUGUGCAAUGCAAGAAAAGAAAAUGCAGCAAAAAACAACAAUAUAGCUCAGGCUUCUUCAGCUACAGAAAUUGUAUUCGGUUCCAUAGUCUCUACUAUCAAACAGGUGAUGCAGGAGAAGGAUUCAGGAAAGGUUGGAAGCAAUACUGAUAAGGGUAAAGGAAAGGCUUUUGUUCCAUUUGUUGUUGGUAGUUCAACAAUUCCAAAGGAUAUAGAAAUUGUUGAAGUUGAAGACGAUGAGGAGAUCAAUUCUGUCACCAACAACUAAUUGGAUCUUUCUUUUGGUGCGACGCAGGCUUCACAAGGUUAUAUAUGGCGUCUUUUUGGAUGUAUAUAAUCCUAGUUUUAAAGUAUAAGUAUUUUCGUAAUAUCGAUUAUGGUAUUAGGAUAGAUAACGAUUUUCAUCCUCAUUUUGAUAGUCCUAUCUUUUGCGGGCUUAAGGAAGAUAGUUAGGAGGACAAGGAUGAUUUGCUCAGCUGAUCUGAUUUUUUUCUGGAUCAUGCUUGCUUUUGUUAGUAUUAGGGUUUUUAUCCCUAAUUAAUUAAUAUAUAUAUAUUUCGUCGGUUUGCGUU